UUUUUCUCACGCGGCUCCGAUUUUUUUAUUUUUCCCGCUCAAACAAACUCCGCCUCGUCUCGUCUCCUCCGAAACCGCCGCGCUCCGACGCCGCCGGCGAAAUGGCCGCGGCCGCGUCCUACUUCUCCGGCACGGCGCUCAUGCCAUCGCAGCGCAGCGGGGCCCCCGCGCCGGAGUACUCCGCCGCCGGCACCGGCGCCGCCGCCGCUCCUUCCCCUUCCAAGCCGCGCGACCCCCGCUUCUCCGGAUGCGUCCCCGCCACCGUGCUCCACAUUUCCCGGUCCUUCGCCGCCGCGCUCGCCGCGGACGGUGGGGGCGACCCCGUCUUCUCCAUCGACGGCGUCGAGACCACCAACGUUAGGGUUUUGGGGAGGGUGGUGAGCGUGGUGAGCAGGGAUACUGACGUGUGCUUCACUCUCGAUGACAGCACCGGGAAGAUCCCACUCGUUCGGUGGAUCACUGAUCAGUCGGAUACUCGAGACACGUCUUACAUUCAGGAGGGAGUGUAUGUGAAGGUUCAAGUGAACCUCAUGGGAUUUCAAGCUAAGAAGCAGGGUCUUGCUCGAUCUAUCAGGCCUAUUAACAAUUUCAACGAAGUGGUGCUACAUUUCAUUGAGUGUAUGCAUGUGCAUUUGGAAAGUGUUCAAUCGAAGAUGCAAAGGCAACUCCCUCCUUCAGUCCAAACCAAUGAAUACACUCAUGUGCCCUCAUCUGGUGGAGUGAGGGAUUACCAAGUUCAUUUCACUCCUCAAGUAAACCAAGGACUACCCCCUGCAGUUCAAACAAAUACAUCUACUUAUGUGCCUCUUUUGGGUGGAGUUAGAGAUCAUCAAGCUCAUUUUGCUCAAGUAAACCAAGGGCAGUUUUCUCCGGCAGUUCAAGCAAACACAUCUACCCAUUUGCCUUUUUCUGGUGGAGUUGGAGAACAUCAAAUUCAUUUUACUCCUAAAGUAAACCAAGGGCAAUUUCCUCCAUCAGUUCAAACAAACACAUCUGCUCAUGUGCCUUAUUCUGGUGGAUUUAGAGAACAUCAAGUUCAUUUUACACCUCCUGUAAACCAAGGGCAAUUUCCUCCAGCAGUUCAAACAAACCUGUAUAAUCAUGCGGCUUCUUCUGGUGGAGUGAGAGAACAAGUUCAUCUUACUCAAGCAAACCAAAUCUUUUAUUUCCCGGCCCAGUUUUCAGCUUACUCAAGCACUGGUGGACUACAGCAUGACCCACAAAGAAUGGUUUUGGAAGCUCUGCAGCAACCAGAUAUACUUGCUCUCGAACAUGGAGCACACGUUGAUGAAUUGGUUAGAAGAACUGGAAUGCCCAAAGCAAACAUUAUGGGGGUUGUCAAGCAUCUGGCUGCAGCAGGCUUCGUCUAUUGGACCAUUGAUGACAAUCAUGUCAAGUCUAUGUGUAAUGGUUGAUCAAUGCAAUCAUCCUCAAGACUAGUAUAGCAGUGUGAGAUUAAGUGCCCUGCGGAUACUAAAACUUCGUGGCACAUGCUGUAAGUAACUCAUAUAGGGUGUGACUCAGUCAGUCUUUCCUUUCAAUAAUCAAGUAGAUCAAGUAGGGAUAUUAUGGCCCUUUUGCACUCGGAAACUGUGAUUGCUGAAUGGAUCUGUUUAUUACUGCAUACAAAGGUCACUGGCUUCUUCAAUAUACAAUUUACACUUUUCAUACU